CAAAAUCUUUGGCUCGUCAUAACGGCUUUCUAGCCAGCCUCUCUCAUCUCUAUCGACGACUCGCCGGACUGGGUGACGUUGGACAACAAAGAUGGCGGCGGGAAGCAGUAACUACUGGGAAGAUCUGAGGAAGCAGGCCAGACAGCUGGAAAACGAACUAGAUCUCAAAUUAGUUUCCUUUAGCAAACUCUGUACAAGCUACUCCCAUAGUAACUCAAGAGAGGGAAGACGCGACAGGUAUAGUUCUGAUACAACUCCACUCCUAAAUGGAUCAAGCCAGGAUCACAUGUUUGAAACCAUGGCUGUUGAGAUUGAGCAGCUCCUGACAAAGCUUACUGGCGUGAAUGACAAAAUGGCUGAGUACAGCAGUACUGCUGGGGUGACAUCAAUAAACGCAGCACUAAUGCACACAUUGCAGAGACACCGAGAUAUAUUACAGGAUUACACACAUGAAUUCCACAAAACAAAAGCUAAUUUCCAAGCAAUUCGAGAAAGAGAAGACCUCUUGGGAUCAGUGCGGAAGGAUAUUGAAUCUUACAAAACAGGCUCUGGCGUUAACAACAGGAGAACGGAGCUGUUCCUGAAAGAGCAUGAGCACCUCAGAAGCUCUGACCGUCUUAUAGAAGAAACAAUAAGCAUUGCAAUGGCUACGAAAGAAAACAUGACAUCGCAGAGGGGGUUGUUUAAAUCCAUACAAAGCCGGAUGAACACCUUGGCUAAUCGUUUUCCUGCAGUGAACAGUCUCAUCCAGAGGAUUAACCUCCGGAAGCGCCGGGAUUCGCUCAUCUUGGGAGCCGUCAUUGGCAUUUGCACUAUCUUGCUGCUACUUUACGCGUUCCAUUGAUAGCUGACAGAGACUCUGCCACAAUCCGGAAGAGCAGCGACAUCAGGGUUGGAAAAAACGUGGAAGUUGCAGUUCUGCACACACCAACUGUACAUAAGGGAGUGGGAAUAUUACAGGAAUACUUUACAUUUUAUAUUGACAGGCUAUCGUACUGGCACCAGGCGGGUUUCAGGCCAGUAGCUGUACAUAGUCAUUGUCAUCUAACCGUCUACGUACAUACUGAAUCUUGAGAUUUGUGAAAGGCUCGUCCAUGUCCGCUGUAGGAAUUGUUGAGCUGGGACCUUAAAGGACCACUAAACGUAUAUAAAAGUUAUGGUGUGUACAUUUUCCAGUUAAACUAGGGAAACAUCUUUUAUAAUGUACCAUAUGGCAGGCAUUGCAGUAAAGGUUUGUAAGAUAGCCUCAGUCACCACCAAUAUUACUAGGGAAUAUAGUUCUUACUCCGAAUACCAGACAUGUACAUAACCAGUUUACUAGGCACUGAUGAAACUACGAAGGCAUGCAGCACAAAAUGGCUCUCUCUCCAGUAUCCAUACAUCACAGAUUGUCAUUUGUGCAAUCCUCAUCUACUGUAUAUGUAUUUGUGGUAAUGGAGGACCCAUACAUAGUGUAAUCGCUUUGGUUUAGUGCUCCUUUAAUGGUUAUUGCCAGGGGGUGGAAGACAUCGCUUAUGUACACUGUGACCAUACAGUCCGUGUUUGAGAACACUUUACAGAAGUAAAAAUGUACAGUAUAUAUCUAUACCCGUUUUAAUUUAAACUGGCAACAUUGCAAUUUUAAUUUAAAGUGAUGCAAUAAUAGAGCAGAACAAUAUGCAGAAAUCAAAUUUCCUUCCAAAUUCCCGUCUAUAAGCCAAUUGCAGAUGCUGUUUAUGGCAGGCUGUUUUCCCCCUUUGGCGCUUCAGACACAGAUUGUCGUAAAACAGUGCAUUCUGCUGGCUCCUGGCAGCCCCGGUGAACCUGAUUUCUCAGCUGCUGCGCUGCAGUAUUAUUGGCUUAUAAGGGCACAUAUCUGGUUUUAAUAUAUGCUGUUUUUUGGCAAAAGCAGGAGUAGAUCCUAGUAAAAGACUAAAAAUCAGCGCUAAAGAAAGGAUUCUACUACUUCCCACUAGGAUAUAUUUCUGGUUUUAGCCCCCCAAAAAAGCAGGGACAUUAAUUUUCUAUAUCACUGUGUAAGUAUGCCCUUAUGGAUGCUGUUCCAAAAUGGAGUGCAUAAAAUAAUAAUUUUUAGGCAUUUCUCUUAUAUACAAGUUUAGGGGUUUUUCAGAUGGCACAUUUUAGUGUUUGUAUUAAGGCUGCCUUACUCAGACCUCCUGCCAUUUUACAGAAGUGAACUUGUAUGACCGUGGAAAACGAUGGUGAUCUACGCUUCCUUCAGUAAAACUACGGGAGGGCCAAGUAUUUGGGCUUUAGGUUCAUAGGUGCGGUUCAGAGCAUCGGUGAAAUGUAGACUGCAAAAUGCAUUUAGCGUAAAGUAGGCAUGCUCAACCUGCGGCCCUUCAGAUUUGAUAAAACUACAACCCCCACAAUGCCCUGCUGUAGAUUGUUCAGGCAUGCUGGGAGUUGUAGUUUUGCAACAGCUGGAGGGCCGCAGGUUGAGCAUGCCUGGCUUAAAGCAACAAAACAAAUUGCACUGCAACAUAAAGUACUGUCUGUGGCUAGGAAUAUGCAAUUAUAUUUUUCCCUCAAGUUUAUAUUAUUGAUUGGCAGGCUGGAAAUGUGGUGCUCGAGAUGAGUGCAGUCAUGUGUACUCUCACACAUAGUACCCACAUGCUAAGCACAUUUAAGCCUUUUUCUGCAGAGAGAAUUGGUCAUUGUAAGAGCGACGCAAAAGUAAUUCUAAUAGUUGGUGGUUUUUGGGGGAAAAAAAGGUUGUCUUUUUAUGGUGAAAGUUAAUGCUACCCGUUUGCAAAAUCAAAUACAAUAGAGUGCUGUGUAGCUGGAACAAAGUGCUCUAGUACAGUGUUUCCCAACCAGUGUGCCUCCAGCUGUUGCAAAACUACAACUCCCAGCAUGCCCGGACAGCCUUUGACUGUGCGGGUAUGCUGGGAGUUGUAGUUUUGCAACAGCUGGAGGCACACUGGUUGGGAAACACUGCUCUAGUAGACCAGCAUGCUUUUAAAUAACAUGAUGAAGCAACUUAUACAAUUAGUCUUGGUUAAAAAUGUCCUUCUAUUUUAUGUAUACAGCCCCUAUGCAGACCUACAUGUCUCCAUUGCUACAGACUACAAACAAACCUAAUGUGUAAUCUGCAGUCAUGUGGAUGGACGUAUUCCGAUGUCGCUGUCAAACUGUGUUUUUAUUUUUUUGCAAAAUCUUUUUUAUGCAGACUUUGCAUUCACUUCUGUUUCUGGAUUCUACAAAGAGAAAUGUAUCAGAAUUUCCAGUUUUUUUUUAUGAGGCUCAAAAUGUGUGUAAUUUCCAGUUUCCUCUGGAAGGGAGCUAAUGUAAGCACAUGCACAUGACUGCAGGUUCAGACUACACAGGGCUUAUUUGUAGUUGUCACUAUAAGGACACAUACAAUGGGUCCCCACCCCAAUAAGGAGCUGCGUAUCCAAAAUUAUUAAGGGUGCUUUAAAUCAAGACCAAUUGCAAUGUUGCUUUCUUUAUUGAUAAUUAUUUCUGUACUGUUGACUGGGGGCGCAUAGAAAGUUUGCACUUAGUUUAUUCUCCCAAGAUGAAAAGUCAUUUUUUAUUGUUUAAUUGCAACAGCUAAGGGGUGACUGAGAGCCUCAAGGUGAUUGAAACAUCUGUAUGUGUUCUGGCCAGAAGAGUUCUAAAAGACCUGCACGCUGAUGGAGUAAUUUAUUUGCAUUAUUGCAGGAAAAAUGGACAAAGACAGAAAAUGCUGCCAUUCAAUCGAAUAGGUGCUGUCCGUUCAAAACCCACUCAUGUGAAAGUGCCCUUACAGGGGUUGUCCUUUGCCAACAAUUUAUCCCCUGUGCACAGGAUAGGAGGUAAGUGUCCGAUCGACGGGGAGUAUGUCCAUUAAGGCCACCGUGUUCCCCUGUUUCAGUGGAGGCACACAUGCGUGUCCACUGCUUUACUCAGCUCAAGGGGCUGCUGGAAAUAGCUUGUACUUGGCCUUCUUCCGCAACCCCCACACAUUCAUGUCUGUAACUCCAUUCAAACAGGAACACAGGCCUCUAAUAGUGAUUAGUGGGGGGAGCAGCAGUCGGACCCCCGCCAAUCAGACACUUAUCCCCCAUGCUGUGGUUAGGAGAUAAAUUGUUGUCAUGGGGAAAUCCCUUUAAGAUGACAAUCCAAGAAAACUGUCAUUUAAAGCUUAUCUCCAGUUAGAGAAAAUGUCUGAUUUGAACUGUUUCCACUCUUCUCUAGAUGGAAACUUGCAUGCGUUCUUUUUUGUGGAUUUAAACUGCAUGCUCAAUUGAGUCCUUAAAGGGAACCUGUCUUGAGGAUUCAGGCCUCAAACUGCCACCAACCUGUUAUCCAAAGUGUUCACAGGCAUUGCCUUCUAUAUUCUGGGCAUAACUUUGAACACUGUAGUCAAAUGCUCUGUUAGAAAUCAUGAGAUGGAGCCACUUCUCAAGAGAGUCAGGUGUGCCUGUCGUGAUCGUCAUCACAGUCCACAUCCAGAGCAUGUACAGUGAAGCAAGGUGUACUUGCCCAGGGUUCAUCUGCGCAUGCGCUCGGUGUCACUGGAGGUGGCUUGUUAUAAAGUACACAGCCUUUGAGACAUGAGUCAAACCAGGAGGGGGACUGGCCAGUAUGACUCUUCAGAAUAGCGGCAGCACCCUCAUGACUCUUUAUAGUUUAUGUGAAUAGAGCA